AUGGACAGCACUUCUGAUAAGAUACUGGCCACUUCUAAAGAUACUACAGAUACACAGGAAGUUAAUCCUUCCACGAACACAACAGUGACCAGUGUGGGGACCACCAGUUCUGAACAUGAAUUACAUUCGUCUGUCUCAGCUAAUUCACUGCCUUCCAAUGCUACAUCUGCAGUGGUUACUACUUCCACCGUAGUGGCCACCAAACAGAACCCCACUAUUUACACAUCAAUGCCUGAGUCCCUCGACGUUACAAGGAUGCAGUUGGAAUCAACAUCCUCGGUGACCUCUAGACUGAGGGAGACCAGCACGUCUACAGGGACAAGCACUGACCUGUACAAAGCUAUCUCUG